AUGGCAAGGGAUUCUAUAAUUACAAGUUCGAAUAACAACAACAAUGAAUCGACAUCAACAAUCAAAGAUGUCAAUCAUGAGAUACACAAGUUAGAGGUUAACCUCAAGCGUCUGAUACAGUCCUGUGAGAAGUUGAUGGCCAACACUUCAAACAGAGACAUGGCAUCGGUUGAGAAGUUCCUCCCAGUACUAUUCUCCAAGCAUAGACAGUUGAAGGAUAUGAUUGAGAAUGCCAAUACGACAGAGCACAAUACAAAGAAGACAGUCAAGACAGGUGUCACUGGUGACACAUAUAGCAUACCUACCAAAGAGACAAUGUUUGAAUAUGCAAGGAAGAUAGGAAUGUUGGUUAGUCUCCUUGGUCAGGAGAAGUCUAACACACCUGCUGCUACCAAGUUGUCAAUGGUACAGUUACAAUCAAGCAAUAUACCUCAUAGUGAUAAGAUGGAUGAGGUACAUACUGUGUAUAAAGUAAGGAACAAUGAGACCAAGAAGAUGGUACAGAGAUUGAUCGAUACCAAGGGCAGUCCACAAUCUCUCUCUUCCUCAUCACUUCAAUCAGCAUCUCCCCUCUCCUCAUCAUCGCCAUCCUCCUCGGCAGUCAUCCAUCGAAGCAAGUUCAAUCAAUCAAACAACAACAACAAUGGUAGUACGACCUCUUCAAACUCGAGGGAGUUGAUGGACUUGCUGAGUAGAGGCGGUCACGGCCAGAACUCAUCGAAUGCAUCAUCAACAACAACAUCUGAAGACUCUGUACGCGAUAUCACCGAGGAACAGAGGAAGGUGCAGGACGAGAUUACAAAGGAGAUGUUGAUGUACACAGAGCAUUUGAAGAAUCAAUCAAACAAGCUGUCCAGCAAGUUGGAGAGCGAUGACAAGAUGAUUGGCGAGAUCAAUGUGAUGCUGGGGUCGAAUCGCACCAAGAUUGGCGAUCAAUCCAAGAAGCUGAAGGACUACACCGAUGGCAGCUCCAAAGACAUGCUCAACUACUGUCUGAUCAUCGUCGUCGUGCUGCUCGUCUUCAUGGGCACAUACAUGUUUAUGAAGAUAACGCCCAAACCGCGUUCCCUUUAA